UGGUGGAGCAAGGAUCUAGGGCAGGCGGCAGCCCCAAGCUGAGCAGCAGCCAUGUUUUCCCUGACGGAAGUGGCCUCCCUGAGUGAUGGCCGGGCCCCGUUCAGUACUCUGAAGCCCUGGUGGGACGUCUUCACAGACUACUUGGUUCUGGCAAUGUUGGCCAUCUCCAUCAUUGCAGGGACCCUGCUGAUCUCCACGGAUCAGGUGGUGUGUCUGCCUGUCGGCAGGACCAGCAUGGCUGCAAGUGGGUCCCUGGCUCCCAGACCUGCCUUAGGGCCUCUGGAUGGCCCAGAACACGACACUACUCCGGUCGGCACCAGGAGGGAACUUCCUGCUGCCAACAGCGGACACCCAACCAACCUUGACUACCAGCAGUACCUGUACAUUGGCCAGGUCUGCUACCACCGGGCGCUGCCGUGGCACUCCAAGUACUCCCCCUACCUGGCCCUCCUGCACGCGCUGCUCUUGAUGGUCUGUAACAACUUCUGGUUCAUAUACCCCAAGACCUCCUCCAGGAUCGAGCUGUUCCUCUCCAUCCUCCGGAAGUGCUUCCAGUCACCCUGGACAACCAAGGCUCUCUCAGAGACAGCCUGCCAGCCCUUGGAAGGCAAGCUUGGCCGGAUGAAACUCUGCUCUGCCCAGAUCUCUCAGGCUGGGGCUGGCUCCCAGGCGGAGCAGGUGUCCUUCUCCGCCAUCCUGGACCGGAAGGACGGGGAGCAGGCCAAGGCGCUCUUCGAGAAGAUCCGCACCUUCCGGGCGCACACUGAAGCCGCCAGCCUCCUCUACUGGGUCUAUGUGGGGCAGACAGUGUUCAAGGUGGCAAAGCUCUUGGCCGUGCUGGGCUACGCCUCCAGUUCUGCCAGCACCAUUGCUUUCAGGCACAUGUGCCGGCCAGGCCUGGGGGACCUUGCUGGCCACGCCACCUUCUCCUGCACCCACAGCCUGGCCUACAUCCUGCAGAAGCUGCUGCUGAGCUACCUGGCCCUGGUGCUGCUCAGUUGGCUGGUGGGGGUCUACACACUCUAUUGGCUGCUCCGGAGGCCGCUCAGGGAGUACUCCUUCGAGCAGGCCAGCAAAGAGAGCAGCGUCAGGGCCAUCCCCAAUGUCCACAAUGACUUGGCCUUCCUGCUGCACAUGGCUGACCAGUAUGACCCGCUCUGCUCCAAGAUGAUUGCCAUCUUCCUCUCCACCGCCAGCGAGAGCCAGCUGCUGGAGAUCAGAGAGGAGCACCGAGGGGACUACGAGGAGCUGCGGCGGCAGGUGAGGAGGGACACCUGGGGCCGGCUGGAGCUGAGGCUCUGUGCCCUUCCAGCCCUGCCCCAGGCUGUCUAUCAGAUGGCAGACCUGGAGGUGCUGCGGCUGGAGUGCAUGGCGGAGGUGAAGCUCUCCGCCAAGGUGGCCCAGAUGGAAGCACUGUCUGAGCUGCAGCUGCAUCACUGCCCAGCCACGAUAGAGCCCAUGGCCUUGGCCUUUCUGCAGGAACGGCUCAGGGGGCUGCAUGUCCAGUUCACUGAUGUCACCGAGAUCCCCUCCUGGCUUUACUCCUUGAAGAACCUGCGCCGGCUGCACCUCUCCAGCCACUUCUGCUCCAAUGUGCUGGCCCUGGAGUCCCUCCGGGAGCUCCGGAGCCUGGAGAUUUUGCUGCUCCAGACCAAGCUGACCAAGCUUCCUUGCUCUAUGUCCACCCACCUCCGCCAGCUCUGUAUCCAGAAUGACGGGACCAAGCUGGAGGCACUGGGGGUCCUGAAGAAGAUGAGCAGCCUCCAGCAGCUGGAGCUGCUCUGCUGCCAGCUGGAGAGGAUCCCGCCGACAGUCUGGCACUUAACUGGCUUGCGGAGGCUGGAUCUGCGCUCCAAUGGCAUCCACAGCCUUGAGAAGGGGGCUGGCUUCCAGCAUCUGGCACAGCUCACCUGCCUGAAGCUGUGGCACAACCGCAUCGCUACCCUGCCUGCUUCCAUUGGGGCAGCAGGCAGCCUGGAGGAGCUGGUGCUAUCCCACAACGAGCUGGAGUCUCUGCCCCACACCUUGUUUGCCCUGAAAAGACUCAGGCACCUGGACCUCAGCCACAACCUCCUUCGCCUCCUCCCUGCAGAGAUUGGCCAGCUGGGGACGCUGCAGCAACUCUCCAUCACCGGCAACAGGAUCAGGGCACUGCCCAGCCAGCUCUUUGCCUGCCUGGAGCUAACGUCUUUGCAGCUGGCAGACAACGCUUUGACCACGGUGCCGGCUGAGAUCGGGAGGUUGGUGCUACUCUCCAGGCUGGAGCUGACAGGGAACCCCUUGGAGUCACUCCCACUUGAGCUAGGCUGCUGCCCCCUGCUUAAGGAGACCGGGCUGAGCGUGGACAACGCCCUCUUCGAGACCCUGCCAUCUCGCGUGAAGCAGAUGCUCGCCACGCCCAUCUCUGCGCCAUCCCCGUGAGGCCUUUG